UUGCCGCUUAACGGCAGCGAAUUCUCCGUUUUCAAAACCGCGACGGAACCAAGUCUUCUGUUAAGUGUCUCGUUUUAUCCGGCAGCUGAUUUGGUAGAUGUCUGUUGCUUUCCGGCGUCGAACGUGAUUUUUCAAGAUGCAAAGCAAUGCAUGCCUCCCAAGAAGACACAGCAGUCAGAAAAAAGAACGAGUCACAACCUGAUAGAGCGGAGGUACAGGUCAAGUAUCAACGAAAAAAUUCAUGAAUUGAAAAUUCUUCUAGUCGGACCAAACGCCAAGGUACGUUUCGCGCUUUACAAUUUUUUGCGGUUCUUUUGUUCAGAGCAUUCCUUAGAUGCUGUUUGCUUGUAUAAUCAUUGUUUCAUACUAAGAUACACAAAGGAUACACUGUAA